CAAACACGCUGAGUUUAAGCAGUUUCAUUCAUAAAAACAGCUUGAGUAGUAUUAUUUGACUGUGUAAAACAUCAAUAUUUUCGAUUUCUGCGAAGGCACCGGUCAUGUCCUCCGAGGGCGACGAGCAGGAACUGGAGCUAUGCCGCGUUUGCGCCAACCCGUUCGAAAGCUGCACCAUGUUCCGGCUGUUUGACGAUGCGGAACUGGCCGACAUCUUCCGGCUGGUGUCCGGCAUCGAGGAUCGGGAUGUCGAUUUCAAGCUUCCGGAAAGCUGCUGCCAGGGCUGUAAGCAACGGCUACACGAGGUGGCGGAUUUGCGGGACUUGUGCCAGGAGUCGGAUCGAAAGCUGAGAAAAAUUAUAGACGGAAGUGACGCCGGUACUAUUCUUAAGCUGGAAAUACUUCAGCUUUCACAGUCGUGCUGGGAAGAUAGUGGAAUCGUGGCCGGUUCCGAUGAUGAACAAAACGAAAUGGUUCACAUUGAGGAGGAAUUAGAGGAACUCAUUCCAAAUGAAACAAAGCCUGAAUAUAUCGAUAAUGAAAAUGCCGAAGAGUCAAACGUAUUGCUCAAUCUAGAGGAUGAAGUAAUGUGUAUCGAGCCGGAUAAUGAUAACUCAGAACAUGAAACCAUAUUAGAAAAGCCAAAGAGUACAACCAAGAGAAAAGAAUCUGUAUCGCAACCUAAAAAACGUGGUCGAAAACCAAAGCAUCUAGUCUCCGAGCCAAAUAACGAUGGCUUGAAAAAGACAACUAAGCGCAAGUUGCCCAAAACAUAUCAAUGUGCUUCGUGUGGACGUACUUUUAAAUCUUUGCACUCUCUGAAGGAACACGAAACAACUCAUUCGCCAGAAAAAGCCUGGAAAUGCCACAUUUGCCCGAAGGAAUUCGCCCGACGUGAUUACUACAAACGCCAUAUUAACAUGCACGAAACCGAGGGCCAAUUCAAAUGCAACGAAUGUGACAAAGCCUUCCACGCGGACAAGCUACUGCAGGAGCACAUUCGCAUAAAACACGUCGGAGAUCGUCCCUUCAAGUGCAAACUGUGUCCAAACGCGGCCUACGCACGCGCCUCGUCCCUGUACGCCCACGUUAAAAUCAAUCACGAGAAGAAGCAACCCUUCAAGUGUGACAUCUGCUUGCGCACGUUCUACUCCAAAAACUGUCUGGAACGACACAAAAACCGCCACAAAGGCAUCAAAACAAGCCAGUGUCCGCACUGUGCGAAGCGUUACGAGUCCAACAACUAUCUCCAGCAGCACAUUGCCCAACGGCACCCGGAACGGGCGCACGAUCUGCCCCAGUGCCAGUACUGUGGCGUUCCGUACAGUGCCGACAGUCACUACCGGAAGCACGUGGCGGCGAAGCAUCCGGAGCACUUCGAGGCGUUUGAGCUCUGGUUGAAGGCGAAGCGGAAGAUCUUCCUGCAGGUGUCCGGAAUCGCCAUCCAGGUCGGGGAUUCGAAACUUCCGAAAAGUUGCUGCCAACGGUGUCGGGACAGGUUGCAGGAGGUGGAAGAUUUGAGGUCGUUGUGUCAGGAAUCGGACCAGAAGUUGCGCAAAAUGAUUGGCAUUACGGUGAAGGAGGAGGAGGACAGUGAGGAGCAAAACGGGAAUGAUGUGGAUGCGAUUCCGAAGGUGGAAAUGCUGGAACUGGACGAGUCGUACUCUCAGUGGGAUGAUACGGGGAACCAGCUGGAUUCGGAUGAUAGCCGGAGUGAAUCAUCGGACGAUGAAAAACCUUUGAAAUCCAGGAAAGCGAAGAGAGAAAGGUCUGAGAGUAGGACGAAAAUGGAGGAAAGAGAUUGCUUUUCAGAGGAUGACCCGGAUGAAGAUCCAGAUUUUAUGGCGAAAAACAGUCCGAAAAAGGUUGGAAGAAAAAGGAGAGAGGAGAUUAUCAGUGAUGAACCUAAAAUCCCGAAAAAGCGCGGUCGGAAACCCAAGAUUCGAGAUCCAGCCUUGGAAGCCCUCCCGAAAGUUUAUAAAAAGCGUGGUCCAAAACCCAAAAAUCGAGAUCCUAACGCGGACCCGGAGGAGGAGAAGGAGCGGAAAAAGAAAGAAAAGAAGGAAAAGGUUCAGCAGGAAUCGCUCUGUUGCAUAGUGUGCGGGAAAGUGUACAAAUCUCUGUUUGCCCUGCGAGAACACGAAACAUCCCACUCGAAUGAAAAGCGCUUCAAAUGCGAGAUUUGCUUGAUGGAGUUUGCUCGGCGGAACAAUUACAAAUUGCACCUGAAACGGCACGAAACGGAGGGACAGUUCAAAUGCAACGAAUGUGACAAAUCAUUCUACCUGGAAAAGCUGCUCACCCAGCACAUCCAGAUACGGCACCGCGGCGAGCGCCCUUUCGCGUGCAAGUUCUGCCCGAAAACGUAUCCCCGGGCAUCGUCGCUGUUCAUGCACGUCCGAACGAUCCACGAGGGCAUCAAGAAGAAAACGAUGAAGUGCGACAUUUGCAUGCGACAGUUCGUGUGCAAGUACGGCUACGAGCGCCACAUGAACAGCCACAAGGGCAUCAAGCUGAACCAGUGUCCGCACUGUGGCAACAAGUACGAGUUCAAGGCGUACGUACUGCAGCACAUUGCCGAGAAGCAUCCGGAAACGGUGCCGAAUCUCACCCGGUGUCAGUACUGCGGCGUCGGCUACAGCUCGGACGGAUACUAUCGAAAGCAUAUCGUCAAGCGGCAUGCGGAGCAUUUGCAAGAGUUCGAUGUGUGGAUGAAGGCAAAGCGCGAGGCGUUGAUGUUUCCCGGAAAGCAGGCCAUACCGGUCGUUGACGCCGUUGCCAGUGCGGAACCUUCACCGUGUCAGGAAACGGCUGCGUCUUUCCCUGAAAAGAGUAGUAUUAAUUAAAUGUAUGGCGUUUUAUUUUGUAAAAGUGAUGUCGAUAAUAAAAUCACUGUCUCAACUUUA